ACAGAAAAGACGCCAUGAGGCAAACAUGUCUGCAGAGAAAUGAGUGUGGGUGUGAGGAAGGGAGGUAGGUAGGUGGUAUGGGAUAGGAGUGACGCAGGCUGGAUAAAGCGGGGGUGUUGUGGGUGUAGCUAUUUUUAGCCACUGUGAGGAGACACAUAUUAGCUGCAUUUCUUUGGCUUAUCCCAGCUUCCUGCGUCACUUUACUCCUGGCUUGUCUUCUCUCCACUGAGAGUCAUGUGACAGGUGCAACCCCGAGAUCCAGAGGUGGGACACGAAUACUAAGCAGCCGAGGAUGAGGAAGACUGCAGAGAACAAAGGGUGGAUGCUGUCUGCGAGUGUCUCCUCCCACAGGCUGAACAGUGAGAUUAUACCGCAUCCAGAGAUGUGCUUGACAUAUAGCCCACUGAAUUUCCUCUUAACCUGAUUGAAAUAUAAACAUAUUUUACAAUAUAAAUUAUAGAUGAUGUGUUAUUUGGACAUCUAUUUGCUUAGCUGAUCCUAAUUAGUACUACAAUAUAUUGUUGUCAACAUGUUCAGCUACUAAAAUGUCCCAGAAAUGUGCAAAAAACAUUUUAAUCAUUACAAUUGAUAGUGAUUAUAGAUGUCGAGUUAUAGUUGUCAAGUUUAUAAUUCAACUCAAUAAUUUCAAUAUCACCCAAAAAAUGUGUUUUGUCUUCUUGGGUAAUAAAAAUUAGGUAAAGUGUGUAUGGCUGCACAGAUACAUGAGUUAGUUUGCAAUAACAUUAAAGGAUUAAAAGAGCGUAAAUGGAGAAAACCUAUUCAAAAUACCACAAUAGAGUCGGUCUGUUUUGCUGGUAAAAAGAAGGUAAAUAUUUUUGACAUGAAGACAUUCUGUACAAAAUGUUGUAUCUGCUCUGCAGAUUGCAUCAUUUAUGAAUGGCAAGUAAGGAUGUUGAUUGGAUGAUACAGUUAGACGGGUCUCGAGGUUCUUGCUGAUUGGCUGUGUGGUCGAAUGGGCGGAGCUUGUAGUGACAAGGGCUGUGGUGGUUUACGCUCGGUGGAGAAGUAGUGCUGCGUCUGUCAGAGCUAGGAAGGGAAACAGUUUCAAUCUGGUUAAACCUCUCUGUUAUGUGAUUUUUUAAAUAUCCUUUUCACACGGUCCACCAAGGCAUGAGGACAAAGAGUUAAAAGAGCAAAACUGUUGCAUCUUGCUCAAUUCAAGCGAGCAGUCUGGUUUUACAUUUGGACCUUUCAAAUAAAAAAAGCUUUAUGGAGCAGCAGCGGGGCAUCUGUAGCUUCACCCCGGGUGGGUCCGCAGGCUGCGGGACUGGGGUCUCCACCGGUCAGCCCACCAUGCGUUUGUGCAUCACCUCGACCACCGGCAGCCCGGUGGAGCUCACUGUGCCCCUGGGAGAGACUGUGGAGGGACUGAGGACUCACAUCUCCCAUAAACUUAGACUGGAGACUAACAGAAUCGUCCUUCUGUUUAGAGACAGGCAGCUGACUGCAGGCAAACUGGUGGACCUGGGUGUAGCAGAUGGAAGCAAACUGACCCUGGUCCCUGCCAUUGAGGCUGGUUCAGCGUGCUCCACUGCCAGAGCUGAGAGAACCAUAAUGGACGUCUUGGAAAGUUUACCAGAAAUCAAGAUCAGUGACUUCCUGUCUGGGCGCUCGCCUCUGACCAUCAACCUGGGAGUCGGAGCCCAAACGAUGUAUGUGCAGCUCCAGCUUACUGCACAGAACGUGGCCGAUCUGAGAGCUGGGGGAAGCAGUGAGCUUCAAACUGACCUGCCUGCCGCCACCAUGACGAGCCCCCCUAACCCCUGCACCAAUACCCCAGGAUCCACCUCACCUGUUUCCCAAACAUCAAAGUCUUCUGUCUCCAUGUCCUCGAUCCAACUGAGCUCUCAAAGACACACAACGUCCUUUAAUUCAGCAGCUCCCCCCUCCCACUCCCUCACCACAGCUCCUCCACAUGAGGCCUUUACUCCCCGCUCAACACACACAUCUCCUUUUGUUCUUUCAACCCCUUCUUUGCCUUCUGGUUGUCCACAUCCCAGCUGUCCAGCACCAACAGCCACACCGGUCUGUCCUCCUGCUCCAACCGGCUCCAUCCCUGGACCCCACAGCCCAGCGCCAGCCUCCACCUUCACAGAGAGUAAUGUUCAUGCCUCAUCCACGUCAGAGCUGUGUAAGCAACCAGGAGCUGUCAUAGAAAGUCUUGUGAGCCACUCUCCAGGUGUCUUCUCCGGGACUUUUUCUGGCUCUCUGGCCCCUUGCAGUCAGACCGGCAUCAGCCAUUCUCGACGAGGCUUUGGCAUCAUUCUCCAGAUCCUCCAAGACCUCCUCAGAGCGGCCUUUCUCCACCAGGGGGCUCAACCUGCCCCUCCUCAUCUCCGCUGUCCUAAUAUGAACCCUCCUUUCGGCCCACUGCUCACAGCAGAGCAGCCAAGCAAAGCAAAAAGCAAAACACUGGUCACCCAGAGGGCAGAGCACAGUAAAACCCAAGGUGAGGAGAGUCCCCCCUCAUGCUCGUCCACACACGAGAAUCAAACAUUGCAUUGUAAGCUGGAGCACCUGCAGCACUUGAUGCUUCAGAGGCGUCUUCGCAGGCGGACUCGCAGGAACUCGCAGACGUCUCACCCAUACCAGCACCGUCACCAUCGUCCCUAGUCUCCUGCAGGGAAGAUAUCCUCUCACUGUGAUCGCUGUGGCAGCUUUCUGGUGUCAAAAGAAGCCAAUCUGUAGACCAAAGCUGACCUCUGAACUUGUGGACUUGUUUAAGAGCAGCAGACUGAACGUUGUCGCUAUUUUUACACUCUGAGCAGUUCUAAAGAAUGUAUUUCCAAAAUGUCUGUGGAGCAUGACUCCUGUGUUGUCCCUGUGCCGAGUAUUCAUCUGAGUCUGUCCUUCACUGACAUCGCUCUCAUUGUCAAGAAAGGUUAUAAUAUACAUUUGGGUGUUUGUACAAAGCGUACUAUGUGUUUGUUUAUUUCAAUGCCUUAAAUGUCCAUGUCUUGAAUGUAAACUCUAUGUUUGGUUCUGUGCCGAGGAUGUUCCUCUUAAAUGUUUUACUUAUGCAAUAUAUAAAGUGUAAACACAAAGAAGGGAAAAGAAGAAUAAAGAAAAACCUUCAAAACAAAGA